CAACAAGUACGGUACCUUGCCGGCGCGUCACGCUCAAAUCGAUAACCAGGGGUUGAAGAGAGAUGAGCGGAAUUUCGCCGGCAUUGAAUGUACAGCACUGUCAAUGUGCAUCUUACAACGAAACACGACCCCCCCUAAUUGACCAAUAUGGCUCGCGAGAACCAGCAUCCCGACGCGACGCCUAGCCGAAGGGCGUCGAGCGCCGAACCAUUCGCCUCGAGUAACCGGCGAUCCGUCUUCAGAACUCCCGCAAGUCAAGGACGUGGCCUUCCGCGUCCACAGGGUCUUUCAGCGUCGGGUAGGAAGGUGGCACCGCCGGCCGCGACACCUCAUGCGCGGGCAGCAUUCCGGACGAUCGACUCGCGCCGGGCAGCCAUCUUCACGCCGCACCGCGCCCGACGGAAGAGCUUGCGCGAGGUUCGCGAUUCGCCGCGGGACUUCCUCCUCUCUCUGGGACGUGUACUGGCGCGCAACACCGAGGUCAUCACGACUUCCUCGUCUUCGUCGCCCGGCGAAGCGGAUAGGACCGUGGCAUCAGAUGGCCCAGGCAACGACACGACGCUGGGGUCAAUAAAUGUCGACGAGGAUGACGAGGAUGAUGAGGAGCUUCCGAAGCGUCCACGGCUCUCGCUCCCUAUUGAUGAGGAGGACGAGGACGAUAGUGACGAUCUCCAGCCUCAUCGGUCGGUGUUGAUUGAUGACGACAACAACUUUACGAUGCAGUCAAUAGAGAUGCCGCGCAGGGCUUAUAGCGAGCAGCCUAUGAAUCGGUUCUCAAUGGGCAGUGUGCGCAUGAGCGACUACUUCGACACGCAUGACAUGCUGCAUAGUGAGGACGUCGGGAUUGACUCGGGCUUUUUCCCGCCUACGGCUGCGCUGGACGAGACGAACAUCGCGAUGGGGCUAGAGGAGCUGCCGUCCCCUGAAAGACUCGAUUCCGACGCCAACCGCCCUGAUCCCGGUCGGGAGAGCGACUUCAGGAUUGAUAUCCCAGUUGGCGACGUAAAUGAGAGCACGUUUCUUAUGGCGCCCCAGGUCGUAGACUCACCGGACGGCCCACCUGGCCGCUUACCUGUUGCUACCGCCGAAGUAGUGCACGACGACUAUGCACCACUUCUUGACCAGAGGAGCGAUGAUUAUGACGACGAAGAUCUAUUCGGCGGGGUGCCGGCGCUGGAGGAUGAGCCCUUGGAAGCUCAGAAUGAGCAGCUGCACGAUGAGACAGAACGGGAACCUAUGACGGCGAGAGGCCCACAGGACCGCAGGCUUACGAAGAAGACCAUCAAGGUCUCAAAGUAUGGCAUUGAGUAUCCGUCUCUUCCACCGGCAGUAGUAAAACGUCUCGCCCAGAACUUCGCCAGGGCCAACGGAGCAAAGGGGAAGAUCACCCCUGACGCUAUGAAGGCCAUCAUGCAGGCGUCAGACUGGUUCUUUGAGCAGCUGGGCGAAGAUCUGCAGGCCUACGCAAAGCACGCCGGCCGAAAGACCAUCGACGAGAGCGAUGUGCUCACGCUGAUGAAACGGCAGGUUACAAUCUAUCAGUGGGUAUCUCGAUACUGUUACACAUGGCUGACGCUUUCCAGACAACGUCAGAUCAACCCGAAUACUACGCCAUUUGCUCUCGCACAACGCCACCUCCCGAGGGAGUUGCUGCAAGAGCUGCGAAUGCCGCCCCCUGUUGUCCCGAAAAAGCGCCGCAAGACAAACGGCGGAACGGAGGACGAAGAUGUCACCUGAACACCGAGGCGACCUCGUUGAACAUCAUUACCAGUGCUUAUUCAUACGAACACGCCGAGCAACAUCGGAUGGCGGCUUGCGGACCACCAUGUAGAACAUAAUCGAGGUUGCAAGGGACAGCCCAUACC